CAUAGCUAAGAAAUAAACAAUUGAACUGCCCUCACGUGUUGGCCUUUUAAAGCAAAAUAAGAGUUUGCAAACAAUAUUUUAACUAUUAGGAAUCUUAAAAAAUCAUAAUCAAACGGUAGUUAAUCAAGAUGUCGGAACUGUCACCAGAUGCCAAGCCAAACAUAUUAAUAACGGGGACUCCUGGUGCAGGGAAAUCGUACUUAUGCGAACGUCUGGCCUCCCAGCUGAAGUUCGAGUGGCUGGACUGUUCCAAAAUCGCCAAGGAAAAGGAUUUUGUGGAGGAAUAUGACGAAGAGUACGACUGUCCCAUUCUGGACGAGGAAAAACUGAUGGACCACUUGGAGCCCAUCAUGACCAAGGGCGGCAACAUCGUUGAAUACCAUGGCUGUGAUUUCUUCCCGGAGCGCUGGUUCCAAGCCGUCUUCGUGGUCACCUGCCCCAAUACAACGCUCUACGACCGCCUGAAGGAUCGCAACUACAACGAAAAGAAGCUCACAUCGAAUAUUCAGUGCGAAAUCUUCGGGACCAUUCUGGAAGAGGCCCGCGACUCCUACAAACCAGAUAUAGUAUUCCAACUCAAGGGAGAAACAAAGGCUGACGCCCAUCAGAGUCUGAAAACUGUGAAAAACUGGUAUCGUAUGUGGAAAAGGAAAUAGAAGUGUGAUUAGUUAGUACCUUAUAAUCUUAUGUAUAAAAGCUUCAACAUUUGCAUGUAAAUUAACAAUUAUUUACAACAAAGAGAGUGUAUAAAAUCUGAAUCUUAAAUGUACAACCUAAA